GACGAAUCACGAAGGACGACGGAAUUUUUAUCCAAAGACAUUCCGAAAAGAUGAAAAUCUGCGAGCAGCACCGGCAAAUAACAAGCGGUUACGGUAGCUAACAGGCAAAAUAAAACGUAAAUGUGACCACAAGCUGCAGCAGCGCCUCCACUGACUAAACGCUUCUUACUGACAUCUUCACGAAGAUGCUAGCAAGGAAACGAACGGGCUUGAUGAUGCACCUCCGUCCGGUUCUUACUUGUUUCCUCUUGGUCGCCAUCGGCUGCAGCACGUUUUAUUCCCCGCCAGUCCGAAGUGCAGGUGCAGCGCGCAACUAUCAACAAGCGCAAAUAAAUCCGGAUGAUUCCUUCAGCUCCGCCGCGGUCGGGCCCGAUGUGGAUCGCCGCGGGGCGAUGAUUCCCUUGAACCCAGGGAUAACAGAGAACGACCUUUUGCAAAACCCAGAUGCGGUGGAGGAGCACGUCGUUUUUCCCGCGCCGCAAACGCAGCAGCCACCGCAAACAACCGUGAUUCGCAAUAUUUCGCAGUUUCGGGCACGGCAGUUUUUCGGAGGUGGUGCUGCAGGAAGCGGUGGUCAACAACAACAGCAGGUUGUACAGCGCGAAGCGUCA